AGUAUCGCAGAUCGUGUUAUCAGGCACAAGUUGGCUAGUUUCGUCAAGAAGAACUAUCCAUUGGAUAGUAGAAGGAAGAACGUAAAAGACGUAGAGUGGCAUCGAUCAAACGUUAUAAGAAGUCGAACCAAGACGGUCCUUUCUGAACGCGUGGAUUUAUUUCUAACACUACAAUGUCGCGUACUAUGCUAAAAGAUUCGCCGAAUGCGGCUGUGGACAAGACCUUACUAAACAAGUAUCUCGACCUGCCACAACCGGAUAAUGCGAUUCAAGCAAGAUACAUUUGGAUCGAUGGUACAGGCGAAGGUUUAAGAUCUAAAACCCGAACUUUGGAUUUCGUACCAAAACAUCCUUCUGAACUACCAACGUGGACUUACGACGGUAGCUCGACGUACCAGGCAGAGGGAGGCAAUAGCGAUAUAUUUCUUUACCCUAUAGCGAUUUACAACGAUCCAUUCCGACGUGGUAACAACAAGCUGGUCCUUUGCGAUACCUAUACAAGCGAUAAAACUCCAACGAAAUCGAACCAACGCUACAAAUGCAAUCAGGCGAUGGAAGCAGUUAAGGAUGAAGAACCUUGGUUCGGUAUCGAACAGGAAUAUACCCUUUUGGACUUUGAUGGGAAGCCUCUAGGCUGGCCUAAGAACGGUUUCCCAGGACCCCAAGGUCCAUAUUAUUGCGGUGUUGGCGCAAACAAAGUCAUAGGUCGCGAGAUCGUUGAAGCUCAUUACAGAGCAUGCAUUUAUGCUGGUGUUAAGAUCGCUGGAACGAAUGCCGAAGUGAUGCCUUCCCAAUGGGAAUUUCAAAUAGGUCCAUGCAACGGUAUAAGCGCUGGCGAUGAUCUCUGGAUCGCAAGAUUUAUUCUUCAUUACGUUGCUGAAGAAUACGGUGUAAUUGUGACUCUUGACCCGAAACCGGUCGAUGGCCAUUGGAACGGAGCCGGAGCUCACACGAACUUCUCUACGAAACCUAUGCGUAAAGAUAAUGGUAUCUCGGAGAUCGAGAAGGCCAUCGAUAAGCUCAGCAAACAACACCUCAGGCAUAUUCAAGCCUACGAUCCACGUGGAGGAAAGGAUAACGAGCGCAGAUUGACCGGCAAAUGCGAAACCAGCAGUAUUCAUGAUUUUAGUGCUGGCGUAGCCAAUCGCAAUGUCAGUAUUCGUAUACCUCGUGGCGUAGCCGAGGAUAAAAAGGGCUAUCUCGAAGAUAGAAGACCCAGCAGUAAUUGCGACCCUUACUCUGUAUGCAAUGCCCUUGUACGCACCUGCAUUCUCAACGAGUAAACCGAGGACUUCGAUACACCUUUAACACUCUCCUAUUCCUUGUAGAUGUUACACGCACUUGGCCUGGUAAAACGGUUCUUAGCUAGUAGUAAAAUAGGAUCGUGAAAGAUCUGCAGAAAGAACGGUAGUCGUUAUUACGUGCUUCGAAGGAUAGUUUCAAUCGAACGGUCUAAAGGAAUAUCAUCUUAGCAGAUUUUUAUGAGAACUUUAUUAGGCAUAUACUUCCUUUCUAGUAAGUGUAACUUCUUUUUGAAGAACGAUUGGAAUAGGGGUAAGAAUCAGUCCUUCAUCGAUAACAUCUGUACAACGAGGUGGACUGUUGGAUAGAAUAGAAAUUUUCUUAACUUUCUGACUUCUGCAUUGUGGAAAAGAAAAAAAAAAAUAGAAAAAAGAAGAGGUGAUAUUCGUGAAUUUGUUUGAGAUUCACGUGUAUUAUAUAUACAUAUGAAUAAAAUCUACGUGAACGAUAAGGUAUAAUAGAAAAUAAACGCAAUCAAAUUUACUCAAAUAUUGAUCUUGCGUUGUAUUCCGUAAUAAUAAGAAAUUAUUAUGAUUAUUGUGUCGUAUAUCUGGAUACGUAGGCAAAUUUAUUUUAUGAAUUGUGUAUCUUGCACGAGAGAAUUAUAUAUGCUUAUUAUAUCGAUAUUUAAAUUAACGUUGGUAUAAUCAAUUGCGACAAUAAAACGAAAGGUUUUCGUUCGAAACAACCGCAUGUUCGGUACGAUUAAUAUGCCCGUGUGUUUCAUUACCACUGGCACGACAACGUUAAGUUUGAUGCCUUUUCCAUUAUAUCAGUAAUCAUAUCUCUCACAAGGUCUGCUAUGCAGCCGCAGAGUUUCAUAAAUUUAGAUAACGAUAAAUGGGGUAUAAAGGUGUUCCUUUUAUCCAAUUACAUCGACGUGUUUACAAGUGGGUUCUGCGUUCAUCGUCGUUUCAUUAUUAAUGAUAUAUCGCUCUAUUUUAUUAUAAUAUUACAUAAAAGAAUGUACACACUAUUGAUGUAAUUUGUAUAUUGUAUAUUUUCAUAUUUGUAUAAAGAUAUUUUCUAUGCUCAUUCGUUAAUGUACUAUAUACUACGAUCAUCGUUAGCAAUUUUGCUGAUAAUGAUCGCUAUUAUCGCUGUUAUUGUUGUUAUAAUACGGGAAAUAAUGUUUCUGGGAGCAAUUAAUAUUCUCCUAUAAAUGGAGUACUCACUUGUUGCGUUAUAAAAUAAAGAAAUCUAUGAUUAUAAGUUA